AUGGUGGAAUCAGACUGUGGGACCUCAUGCAACGCCUCCUCAGCUCUGGACGGUCGGGGGCCGCCGCUGCUGGUGGACGCCUGGCUGGUGCCCACGUUCUUCGGGUUCAUCAUGCUCGUCGGCCUGGUGGGGAACUCUCUGGUCAUCCAUGUGGUCACCAAACACCAGCAGAUGAAGACCGUCACCAACUUCUACAUAGUCAACCUGGCAACCACAGAUAUCUUGUUUCUGAUCUGCUGUGUGCCGUUCACUGCCACUCUGUAUCCACUGCCCAGCUGGAUCUUUGGAGAGUUCAUGUGUCGUCUAGUCAACUACCUUCAGCAGGUGACUGCGCAGGCCACAUGCAUCACGCUGUCGGCCAUGAGUGUGGACCGCUGCUACGUGACGGUUUAUCCUCUCAGGUCGCUGCAGCACCGAACCCCCCGCGUGGCUCUGGCUGUCUCCGUGUCCAUCUGGAUAGGCUCUCUGCUCCUGUCCGUCCCCGUCGCCGUGUACCAGCGUCUGGAGACGGGCUACUGGUUCGGCCCUCAGACGUACUGCAGCGAGGUCUUCCCCUCAGCCCGCCUCCAGAAGGCCUUCAUCAUCUACAGCUUCCUGGCCGUCUACCUGCUGCCUCUGCUCACCAUCACCGGCUGCUACGGCUUCAUGCUGAAGCGCAUGGGCCAGCCCAGCGUGAACCCCGUCGACAGCAGCUACCAGCUUCAGGCUCAGGCGGAGCGAGCGGCCGCCGUGCGAGCGAGGGUGUCCCGCAUGGUGGUGGUGAUGGUGGUCCUGUUUCUGGUCUGCUGGGGGCCCAUCCAGGUCUGCAUCCUGCUGCAAGCUUUUGGCCUCCACAACUACGUUUUAUACAAGCUCAGGAUCUGGGGUCACUGCAUGUCUUACUCCAACUCCUCCGUCAACCCGCUGGUUUACGCUUUCAUGGGCAACAACUUCAGAAAGGCCUUCAGGAACGCCUUCCCUGCUGUGUUUGUGCGGCGCGCGAGGGGGAGAGUCCGGGUGGGAACCACGGACACAGAGGAGGGGGGCCACGCGGAUCAGCAGGCACCCAAGGGAGACACGGGGAUGCACUUUCUUUCAUCUGGCUCCUAAAGGGCACGCUGCACGUGGGCUCACUGUCGACCUAUUGUUUAUUUUUAGAUAACACACACACACGCAUACACACUUAAGUUCCUCGUGAUUUCUCAAUUAGUUCAAGACAAUAAUGCAGGACAAGAAGUGCUGACUCUACUUAUGAAGCACACGAUCAUCUUUGUAUCUUGUAUCCUUCUUUGGAUUAGAUUUAGAUUAUAAUCCAUCUUGUGACUGCAGUUCAGUCACACUGAUCGGACUCUGCAUUUACAAACAUUACCGCAAAAACAAAAAGGAACGUUUUAGUUGUAAACUGUGUUUAAA